UUUCAUUUACGCGCUUUCCUUUAAAAAUGGCGGAUGUGUUAACAAUUUCUCUUCAAAAGAGUGGGAUUUACUUCCCACAGCCACGUCAAAACUACUUUAAUUUUGGGGAAAAGGUAUUUUGUCCUCUUCCCACUUCAGGGAAUGCUUUGGAAAACUCGCAGUCAAGUUUACCGACGAGAAGUUCAGUCAUCGUUUGGUCACCUUCGUCGACAACCUCGAGUACGUCGCCAACUUCACCGCCAAAAGUCACCCCACCGAAUAGUCCUCCACCGCUGAUUUCGACACCAAGACAAGAAACUAGCACAAAAUAUCCAAGCACAUCGAUUUCUCCUUCACAUUUUACAUUGAGAGGUCGUCCAAAAGCAGACAUCGUGAAUAAACUUAUCGCCGAAGGAAAACAAUCUUGCUCCUCGAUCCGUUGUGAUGUCUGUGGUCGAGUGUUCCCGCGCGAAAAAUCACUGCAAGCUCACAAGCGCACACACAGUGGAGAACGACCCUACGUUUGUGAUUUCCCAAACUGUGGCAAGUCGUUUGUUCAGAGCGGUCAGCUGAAGACCCAUCAAAGGCUUCACACUGGCGAAAAACCAUUCCUAUGUAAUGCGGAUGGAUGUACAACAAGAUUCACUCAUGCUAAUCGACAUUGCCCUAUGCAUCCGUAUGCUGGUCUGAAACGAGUACAUACCGAAUUACCACUCAAAGAAGUUCUAAACAACGAGAAUUCUGAACCAAACGAAUAUCGUGCUGCUGUGCUGUCGUGGCUUGACAAGUACGAAAAGGAACGAGAUGAAAGAGCGCCUUCGCGGCCUGAGGAAAGGGAACUCAAACGAAAGCUCGAUAGAGAAUGCGUCAAAGCUCAAGUAGUGGAACGAAAAAAAGCUAGAGUAGAAGCAAAACGACGGAUGUCAGAUGCUCGCGAUCGAUGGUAUGGUGCUAUGGCUUUGGUAGAGUUAGCUGAUAAAAGCGAAACAUAAACUUGAUAUUUCUCUUUAAAUCACAACGCAAUUAGAACUAGACUCUGUCACGAGUUCAGCUUAAUUCAAGUCUUCAGUAACCUAACAUCGAAUAAUCCUAAAAGAGUAGUCUCUAGAUUAUAAACAAGCUUACUCGAAUAGAUAAACUUUUAAAAGUCGUUCAAAGGACUUUUUAUAACUUUGUAAUUUAUGUAAAUUAGAUUACCGAAUAUCAAAGAUCAGCAUAAAAUCUGAUGACCCCACAAGUUGUUACUAUUACAUACUAUUAUAUAUUAGAGUAAUGUACAUAUGAUUUGGUAAAAAGCUUACUUUGCCUUAGUUUACCGGUUGUAAAUAGUUAUUGCAUUUAAGUUUUUUUUAACAUUCAUAACUUGUUUAAACCAUAAAAUUAAGGUGUUAUGAUUUGUAAGCAAUGUUUGUAGAUUUGAAAUGGUGAACUAUAUUUAAAAUAGUAUAAAUUAAAGAUAUUUUGAAAUGAAUCUGGA